AACACGGUCGCGUACCGGAGUUUUUCUGUCAGAAAGAAGCAAACACAUCCCGCAGUGCAAAGCGAUCGAAAAAUUCACUGGAUUUGACAUAUUUCACUCUAUCGUUCUCUUUCCUCCUAUGGCUGAGGCUUCGAGCAGGGUAUCGAGCUUCCCCUUCCACAAGCCUCUUCGUUUCCCUUGGCCCAUGGCUGUGAAAUAUUUCGCUGCGUGGACGUUCGAAACAACCGUCAGCCAUAGCGCUGUCACUUUUCAACGAAGGCUGUCUCUUUCUAACUUUAAAAUGUUUUCAAUGGCAGUUGCGGCUCUUGCAAAAAAACAUAAACAAAUCGUUCUAGAGUGCUCAGCUGUCCAGUUGCAAAUUUCCGCAGAUUUUGGUGUGAAAAUGGCCUCGAAACGGGACUUUGAUAGCGGUAGGGUGCAACACGCCAGUGCCCGCAACCGUAAGCGCCGUUUGCAGCAGUUGGAGUGGGAACGUUGACUAGCAGAACAGCCGGAACCAUCCAAUGCCGGUAUGUGAAAUCUGGGAGCAGUGUGGAAGGUCAGUGUUUAAAAAUGGACUCUGUGCCAUUUUAUUAAAUAUGUUUCAGCUAACCGAGCGAGUGCUUUGCAAGAGAAUGACGCUGGACCGGGCCCUUCACUUUUUUUGUUAUUUUUGUUAUUUAUUAAUUAAAAUUCAACGGACCGCAAGUGGCCCACUUGAAGCGAAUUCAUUUACAUUCAUUCAUUAUAACAUAGUCACAUUUCGGUCAUUCAUUUGUCACGCUUAGUCUUAAGUAACAUAAUUAACAUGUAAAAGGUCGCACGACACGAAUACUAUUUAACAAUGCGGUGCGCGACAUGUCAGGUUGAUGACGAUCACAAAUAACAUUAAACUCACGGCACAUACGAAUAAACGGAUCAGAGGAGCCAAAGCGAGUGCGGCGUUCCUCCACGUCAAGUAGCGAUCUAGCACGGAGCGAUCUCGGCGGGACAUACAUGUUGAGCCUCGAAAGAAGCGCGAGCGAGUCGAUCCGAUUGUCAAGAAGUCCCGCGACAAACAGCCUCUGAGCGUUGCAGUUCCGCUGCUUCAGCGUCUCGAUGCCAAGCAACGCACAGCGUCCCUCAUAGUCAAGUUGGACACUCCAGGAGCGCAAAGCGAACCGCGUGAAUUUGCGCUGGAUCGACUCUAAACGAGCUAGGGGACGAGCAGCUGUAGGCCACCAUACUACUGAAGCGUAUUCUAACACUGGUCGCACCAAAGCACAGUAUAGCGUCUUGAUGCAAAUCGGGUCAGUGAUGUCUCGUGCUAUUUGUUUUAGUAAGCCGAUCAAUUGGUUACCCUUAGUGACAACGUGCUCUAGCUGGUCGUGGAAGCUCAACUUUUCGUCAAGGAGCACUCCUAGAUCCGUGACACAGCUUUUGCGACCAAUGGUAGAUUCAUUUAACGCAUAGUCAUACACUAAGGGGCACCGCUUUCUCGCAAACGUAACGACAACACACUUCUCGACGCACAAUUCAAGACCAUUCAAAGAGCACCAUGACUGGAAGGCACUUAGAGUGGCUUGAAGGCGGAGUUGGUCUGACCGGUCACGGAUAGGCAGGAACAGCUUCGCGUCGUCUGCAUACAGUAGGUGGCCGUCAGGAGGGAGCAACCGUGUUACGUCAUUCAGGAAAAUGACAAACAGCAGCGGUCCAAGGUUACUCCCCUGCGGCACCCCCGAAGAAGCAUCGAUACGGCGCGACGUAUGGGGUCCCAUCUUCACGCAGUAUGUGCGACCAGCAAGAUAGGAGCGCAUCCAGGCCAGCAGCUGCACAUGCAGACCAAGCGUUUCGAGCUUUGCGAGCAGCAAGGCGUGCGGAACGCUAUCGAAGGCAGCCUUGAUGUCCGUGUAGACUGCGUCGAUCUGUGAGCCGACAUCGAUGGUCCUGUGGCAGAGGCUAAAGAACUCAACCAGGUUGGUGGUGGUUGAACGCUGAGGGACAAAUCCAUGUUGAGCUGUGCUAAUGUAGUUGGAGGCAGCUGCGAGGAGAGGUUCGUACACCAGGAGCUCGAAGACCUUAGCGCAGGCACAAAGCGAUGUAAUGCCACGGUAAUUACAUGCAUUUGAUUUGUCCCCCUUUUUGUGCACUGGAACAAGCCACGAAGUUUUCCAGCAGGCAGGAUAGAUGCCCGAACGCAGCGAGUCGCGAAAAAUCGAGGCCAGGAUAGGCGCGAUGGUGGUGCCACAACGCUUAAGCGUGGAAGCCGGGAUCCCGUCAGGCCCUGGAGCAAACGAAGAUUUCAGCCUGUCAAUCGCUUUCGAGACUGAAUACUCAUCGAUGAUCGGCAAGUUUGGGGCCAUAGCAUCCACCGGUACGUUUGAUAAUGCGUCGGCUAUCUGCCUCUCAUCAGUUACAGCUGGAAGGAAGGUGGCGGCAAAGCGCGAGGCAAAAAUAUCACAUACAGCAGACGGAUUGUUGCCGUUGCGCCCGUUGUAACUGACGGAGCAAGGAAAACCAGAGGAUUUCCGACGAUUGUUUGCGAAGUUCCACAGUUCACGUGAAUUGCCGCGGCAGCGCAAAACCGUACGCCGUACGUGCCCCAGGUAGCGGAACCUGUUAUAGCGCCGAUAGAGAGAGUGCGCAGUAUUAUAGUUGCGCAAUGCAGCGGGACACCUACGCAACAAAUAAUCACGAUACGCGGCAGCUUUAGCCGUUUUGAGCCUGCGCAGCGUUCUGUCACCCCAAGGGGGGCCUCGUUUAGGUCGUUUCACCGGCGUGCAUUCAUUCAGGGCUUGCAACAUGAACCGCUCAAAAUCUUUCACAGCGAGGUCAAGAGUGGCGUAACGGGAACAAUCGAAGACAUUCGCGAACGAGGCGAUCAUCAGCAGGAGCCUGUUAAAGUUCGUCCGCUCGUAAUCAAGGCGUGAUGUUAGCGCAGGAACGGCUGAUUCCUCUCGUGGUAGCGGGAUGGCCAACUCAAGCGCAGGGUGAUAGGUGUCAAUUGCUAGCAGCGGGGUGAGGCAAAGUUCAAGCGGAAGGCAAACAGAAGCAACAGCAUUAUUUGCAAACACCAGGUCUAACACGCGUCCGCUGGUGUUAAGAUGACCAUUGAUCUGGAAAAGUCCGCUAUGAUGCAUCUCGUCCAUAAACAGAGCGGAGAGAGUCGAUCGCGUACGUCGCUCAUAAUGCAGAAAUGGCAAAUCCGGAUCAUGCUGAGCGUUUGACCAGCAGACGAGAGGUUGGUUGAAGUCUCCUAACAGGAGUAAACCGUCUCCGGGAUGCAUAGUUGAGCAUAAUGAGCGAAUGCAGUUUUCGAUUUCACGGAGCGUGGCAGCAUUUGCGGCAAGUCUAGGCGGGAGGUAUGCAGCAAUGAUGAAUAGUCGGGAAUUGCCUAUUUGUAUUACAACGCACACUAGCUCAAGCGAUGGAUGCACCGUUGUGUGUUCCCGUGACGUCAGAGACUGAGAGCACGCAAUCAACACACCUCCACCGCGGGAACAUGUACUGUUGUCAACACUACGAUCGCAUCGGUAGACUCGGAAGCUAUCGUCAAACAGCAAAGCCAAAGGUAGACUAGGAUCGAGCCAGGUUUCCGUAAGCACUAUUACAUCGAAAUUGGAUUCCAACACCGACAGGCGAAACUCAUCGACCUUCGUGCGCAGUCCCCGCACGUUUUGAUAGUAAACAGAGGCAGUGGAACGGGCAGUGCGAAGCGCAUUAGCAGCAGGAACAUAACAGGUAGGUGUUUGUGCAGACUUAACAGAGGUACGUCUAUUCGUGAAAGAAACGGUCAAGUGUGGUCUGUUGUAAGUUGGUGUUGGAAGUGCGGCGAAUUAAAAGCGGGCCGUCAAUGAGUGUUGAAUUAGGACCAUGAGUGGUGUCAUUCAGCGUGUGUUCUCCCAAUUGUGGUGAUGUUAGUGUUUGAGCCUGUGAAGUUGAUGCGUGUGCCGGUGAGUGAUAGACAGUGGAUGUUGGUGUGCGAGGCAUCGAACGGCGAUCGAUGACAACAGGUGUGCGUGUGAGAGAACGGUGUUUGAUGGUGAUUGGUGACGAUGAGUGUCCAUGCUCUCGUUGACGGGAUUGUACAAAUUCACGUACACCAAUACCGACAGGCCAGGACGAUGGGGCGAGUGCUGCGUCACGAAGGGCGGCCGGUACUCUCACUUUGAAAGAAAGCCAGUUUACGCUGUCAACACUGACUCCCUUCCUCAGCAAGCAGUAUGCUAGGACGUCAUCGGUGGCUAAACGGCGUUUCACAGAAGCGACCACUUGCUCCACGGUGACGGCAGUGGACAAGCGAGAUAGUCGGAUCCAUAUUCUGCCUGUGGCCGGCUGGGGAAACGCUGCUCGAAGCGGUGACGAUAGCGAAUCGGUUCCCAUGAGUUCUUCCGGUAGCGUAGACGGGGGUGGGAUGCCGACUGUAGUGUUAGUGUACGCGCUUGGCGAUGACGCUGCAUACAUGUUAUUUUGAUGAACGUUUACGUUUUUGUUGACAUCAGGGGACAUAUAAUCCUCGAUGAUACGCCGCCGCUUUCUACCCGCAACGGGCCGAGGAUCGGUAUUGCAAAGCUGAGGUAUGGGUGCAUUUUGCAGUAGAGUAAAUCCACUGCGCACCUCGGCGAUAAUCGGUUCAAUAAGCUUGCCCACAGCCGCAACAGUUGAGGUGAGAGCAGCUUGAAAACCGACCUGAGCCCCGAUCUCUUUGACUGAUCGGCAGCGCGGAUUUUUCAGGAUAUUGGUGCACCCAGUGCAGCUCCAGUGCAGAUCGAUGUGAGUCAGGACCGCAUCAAUCAGCUCGGAAGGCAGCCUGCAACAACCGCGGUGAAAAGUAGCCUCACAGUACGCACAGCCGACGAUACAGUCGGCAGCAUCCAGUGGCACAGCACACGCGAAACAGAUAGCCGCCAUCGCGAAAUUAUGCGCGGUUUUGAUCACACCACCGUUUACCCGGAUUAAAAACGUUAAUACACAGUCGUGGGUCAAUGAAAUAACACAUUAACGCGCAACAGUAACAGGAAGCAACAGUAACAAGGAUAUGAAGCCGGAACGGAACCGAUGGAAGUGGUCGGUAAGUCAAGACCGUUAUAUUUUGACCGUUACGCGUUUCGCUCAUUAGUUUGGUGUUCAAUUUUUUUGGCAGACAAUCCCCAACCGCAGAGUGACAGCGAUGACGACAGUGUGGUUGCUGAAAGCAUCGGAGGGGACAGUGUUCCCGACGACAGCGAUCCCGGCAUCGAGACAUCGGCGCCAGAUAGUCCGUUCGGAUCAUUGUCCUAUGAGGACGGGUUGAGGCUGUGGGCACUGAAAACCGGCCAUACACACAGUGCCUUAAACCUCUUGCUGGGGCAUUUGAGGCAGCACGAUCCGGGCAGGAAAUUGCCACGGGAUGCACGGACGUUCUUGAACACGCCCGUGGCAAGAUCCACACAGUCCGCGAUUACCCCUAUCUCUGGUGGAGAGAUAUGGUACCAGGGCAUAGAAACAUGCCUUCGGUCCUAUUUUCGAUACACGCAGCCUGCCGUAGAUCGCUUUGAGGUCGACUUUUUUGUGGACGGUCUUCCGCUUUACAAAAGCAGUCGGACACAAUUCUGGCCCAUCCUCAUGGGCAUCCACAACCUGCCUAAUGCCCCGGUGAUGACGGUUGCGAUCUUUUGCGGCGUGUCAAAACCGUUAUACGCCGAGGAAUAUUUAGGACAGUUUGUGGAUGAAAUGAACGAGCUGCAGCGUGUUGGGAUAUGGAUCGGCAAACGGCAUUACACUGUGCACCUGCGAAGUAUCAUAGCAGAUUCUCCGGCGCGUGCAUUCAUCAAAUGUGCUAAAUCGCACAACGCAUACAGCGCCUGUAUGAAAUGCACCAUCAUUACGGAAAGGGACGGCAAUCGCGUAUACUUUCCGUAUGGGGCGCCUUGCGAAUCGCGCUUACAUGGUCUGUUUUGUGCAGACAAAUAUCCGGACCAUAAGAUUCACAUGACACCCCUUGUAAGGAUCCACAAAUGUGACAUCAUAUGUGAUAUUGUGGUUGCCGAGGCCAUGCACCUUUUUUACAAGGGUGUCAUGUGCAAAUUGUUGAUAUCGUGGACGGAAGGGAUCCGUGACCUGGGCUGUAAGAUGACACCUGCGUUCAUUGAAACUGCCCUCAGAUUUCCAACGGAAACUGAGCGACCUGCAAUACGUCAAACUUUGGAAAGCUUCCGAGUUUAAGAUGUUAAGGCCGGGCUACAUUGAUCGUACUCCGUAGUGUAAUUUUAAUUUUCACUAGCGCAUCUGGCGGCGGCUGGUGGAAGCUGAUUUUAGUCAUCAAGGGAACGGUCGCACCGGAUCUCAAAAUUAAGUAGUUUUUUCAUCGUUUUUUUAUGCGAAAAUGGCUGAAAUACUUGCACAAU